UGUUUAGUGCAGUAAAUUGCCCGAAAACUGAACUUGGAGGAAUAAGUGCCCCACAAAACAUGGAGAAAAUAAACCUCAACCUUUCUACUCGUCCUAAAGCGAGUAUUUUAGAUAAGCCAUUAAGUCGUGGUAAAGGUGAAGUUUCAUUGAGUUGUUACGCCCUUCUGUUUUCCGAGCUUGUGCAGUAUGCGCAGAGCCGUGCCAGUACAAUUCCGGAUUUACAAAACAAACUGCACGAUAUGGGCAAGGAUGUAGGAAGUCGUAUUAUUGAUCUAUAUUUCGUCCGUGAGCGAAACUCGAAGCGGGAAACGAAGCUGAUUAAUAUGCUGUUGUUUAUCAAAACCACCCUCUGGAAGACUUUAUUCGGCAAGGAAGCUGAUAAACUGGAGCAUGCCACCGACGAUGAAUGUACGUACUACAUCAUAGAAAAAGAACCAUUGGUCAAUAAGUUUAUUAGUGUUCCCAAGGAUAAGGGGUCUCUAAACUGUGGUACAUUUGUCGCUGGCAUUGUACAAGGUGUACUAUCCAAUUGUGGUUUUACUUGCAACGUCACUGCUCAUUGGCAUAAAGGAACUACAUACAUGGUCAAGUUCGAGGAGCAUGUUAUUAGCAGAGAUAAACAAUUAGAAGAAAAAUGAACAUCGAUAAUGUUGCCGAAGCAGGAUAUUAACGAUAUUUACUUGAUACCUAUAAACAGUUUCCUUUUCCUAGUAUAUCAUUUGAAAUAUAAGUUAGAUGGAGUUAUAUGAUA